GCUCAGAGUCGUCGGCGCUUUUCGGGCCCAGAGGCUGGUCGCUCGGUCUCCGGAAAAAACGGCAAAACUGCAGUGGCCAAAAGCCGAUUUACAGUAUUCCAUGCCAGUUAUGACGGCAAACAGCAUUUCCGCAAUAGCCAACGACCCCUCCAUUGGUUAGAGUUUAGUGUCUCCGCGGUACCAUCUCCGAAUUGUGGCAAAAUUUCAUUUUUUAACUGAAGAAAAGUGAGAGCUUCGUGGCGUUUGUACCCAAAGUGAAAGUGAAAAAAUCCAUGGCAUCUUUUAGGCGCAGCGCAUAAAAGAGACACUCUCCGCUUGGAAGGAACUCACCAACUCACUCACUCACACAUUCCUUUGGAUCGGCGGUGCAGCUGCUUAAAUGUAUUUUAGUGACAGCUCUCAACAACGGCCAGCCCCUUGGAGGGCCGGCAAUCCAUGGAGUAUUCAAGCACCACGGGUUUGAAUCACAUCAUCGCCGAGGAGGAGGACCAACCGCCGCAACAGCAGCAGCAGCAGUCCAACAAAACCAGAUUGCCUGUGAUUGGGAGCUACUUCAAGAUUGAAUCGCCGACCGGAUCGCAGCCGAUCGCAGCUUUGGGCACCCAGCGUUGCCUCAACACGCCCCCGACCACGCCCAGCAGUCCGUUGCGGGAAGCCCCUCAGAGUCCUUCGGACGGACACGUCUCGUCAUUGAGCUCGCACUCCGGAUCGGGAUGCAGUGACAUCCUGUUGGCUGUAACCCAUACAAUUUAGAGACUGUAGCGAAUUGAGAAUCGAGAAUCCUCUUAACGAAU